AUCUUUUAGUAAAUUUGCUAUUUUUCUCGAUCUUAGUAAACGAUGGCAAACAUUAUUAUUUCGUAAGAAAGGACAUUCUGACAAUCUUUUUGCAUUGAUCUCGAGUUUCUGUCAACGCCAGAUGUUAUUAUAAUGAAGCUUAAGCAAUGAUUUGUUCUGUGAUUGAUGAAUCAUCAAAACCAGAAAGAAUUUUUCGGGGGGAGAGGAGAGAGAGAGAGAGAAAAAAAAAAGCGAAUACCUUUCACCUUAUUCGAUGUUCGUUAACGUGUCACACCCAAAAAUUUACCACUUUAUAUUCAGAUAUAUCAUUAAAUUCCUGGUCAAUCUCAUUAACCUCACUAUUAUUAAACUGUCUACCAUCUAAUAUUUUUUAUAAUAUUCUCUAGAUAAAGUAGAAUUUAAAAUUAUAUUAGCUAAAACGAUCAAUUCCUCUAACCAUACACGCGUACGAUUCUAUAGAAAGAGAGAAGAAGAAGAAAAAUAAAAUAAAACUACGACGUUAUCUUAAUUAAAAUUAUCUUUAUCUUUUUUUUUGUAUAAAAUAACAAAUAUGUUUUCUUUAUUUAAAUAAGGUAAACGACGUAGAGUUAUGAAGAAAAUUCGAAAUUCGUGUGGCAUUCGUCAUCGUUAAUGACGGGGAAGCGGCCCCUGUAAAGCAUUGUUCACUGCUAUAACAGAAGUCCCGCAGGAAAGCCGAACUCGUCUCCUCUCCCAAAUGUCAACCUUGGCGCGCUCGCUUCUAAUCACGUGACGAGCAGCUGCGGAUGGGAAUGCUGGAUGUACAAUGUAUCGAUCCGUCGGUCUGUAGAACUUAGGAACGGAUGCGUUCAAGACAGAAUCAGGGAUGGGGGGAGAGCGUACACUUCUCGAUAGAAGGACGAACAGAACCAAGAACUUUCGACGUGUGGCAUGCUGUAUGAUAGCCACGGUACUUUCGUCAUAUUUAAUAUUAUUUGUGGUAGUGGUAUCGAGGCAAUUGGAUCAUAACGCCGAACAGGAACUGCAGAGAUCGGCACAGGCAGCAUACCUGGGAAAAACAGGCAAAACAGACAGCAAUCUACUCGACAGGCAACCGGAUAGAAAGGCCAUUGUGGCCAGAAUGUUAGCCUCCGGUGGGCUGGUACCACUGACGUCACGUCGUGCCGUUAAAGUGUGCAGUAAAGCUAAAUUUCGUGUACCACCUGGACCUUUAGUAGCCUUAGCUUCCUUUCCCGGAUCCGGUAAUACCUGGUUGAGGUUCUUAAUCCAACAAGCUUCAGGUUAUCUGACAGGAAGCGUAUACAAAGAUUACGCUCUGAUGAGAAAUGGCUUCCCUGCAGAAAGUAUAUCUAAUGGUUCUGUUGUGUUGAUUAAGACACACGAAUGGGGACCCGCAGCUAGAAAAAAAUACGACAAAGCUAUAUUAUUAAUUAGAGAACCGUAUGGUGCACUACUAGCGGAAUUUAAUAGGAGAGCAGGAGGACAUUUGGGUCACGCAUCACCAGAAAAAUUUCGCAGAGUGUGGAGGAAUUACGUGGCAAUACAGACUAAAGCGUGGAUGAACACCGUACUGGACUGGUUAAAUUUCGAGGGACCAUUACACAUAAUCCGUUACGAAUAUUUCGUGCAGAACCUAUCAUCCGAGCUGUCUAAAGUGAUGAAAUUCCUCAAUAUAACGGUACCAUGGUCCACUUUCCAAUGCGUUCUCAGGAAUCGCGAUGGAAUCUUCCGACGUUCGAAGAAGGAACUGAAAUUCGAACCGUUCGAUGCCUCUAUGAGAAGAACAAUCGACAGGUAUAAUGACAUCGUCAAGAAGGCCAUAAAACUGCAUUUUCAAGGCGUUCGAGUCGAUUUGGAACAUUUAACAACGCAAAAUAGGACCGACUUCGAUCGAAAUGAAACAAUUUUCGUUACCACGUGACCCUCGUCUCCUCUCUUAUUCUUCCUCCUCCAUCCCCGCUCCGACGAUUCUUCCAUACAAGAGACUAUUUUUAAGUGUUACGUCUCUACGUUUAACGAAUACGACAACAGGUACACUAGUCGCCAACGAAAGGUGGCCAUUUUUAAAUAAUCGAAGGAGUAACGUAGGCUUAAGUGUAGGAAAUUUCGAUCCUAGAACGAAAAAAUUACAAAAAAAUAAAUAGGAUUAAAGCUCUAAAGUAACGUGUCUCUGCACCGUCGCAUCACAUUUUUUUUUCACCAUCCCCAUCCUCUCUCUCUCCUCCAUCAUCGCCAUUAUCUUGAUAUAAAACACGCCGAACCCCGAUUUAACGAAUUCGAUCGAGAAUGGCGCUAAACCGAAGCGAUUUCGAGUCUUGGGGGGUUAUGUGUGUGUUCGAGUCUUGUGUUCUCAUUUCACGUGAUUUUUGGUGAUAAUACAAAGGGGACACACGUGCAUUCGGCGCUAUAUCGAGGUUUCAUUGUAUACAAUAUAAAAAUGAUAAAUUAUAUAUAUAUAUAUAUAUAUAAUGUGAUGU